UUUCAUUAUCUAGUCGAUAUCUGCUUUAAUCAGCUGUUUCUUGGAUGUGAGUUUAAUUCGUCAACGAGGAGAAACUAGUUAACUUGUUUAAAGAUGUUCUCGUCAUUUGUUCGUCGGUUUUCUACUUCAGGAAAUGUAGCAUCAAAAAAUGUAUUAGGUGGUAAUAGUUUAGUAAACAAAGUAGCAAUUACUAAUAACGGAGCGUUUUGCGUCGCAUGGCAUCCUGAGGUAGACUUUCCAUAUGAACGGUCUAAGCCAAUUCCAUAUCCGAUUCAUGGUCAGGAUAAAACCUUGUUAAACGACAAAUACUUAGGAAAUACAAUUAGCGCUUUUAAAACAAAGACACCUGAAAUAGCGCGUCAAGAGCUUAUGCAACUCACUUAUACUACGAAACAUCGUUGGUUCCCGAGAUCACGCGAUAAGCGUGCAAAGAAUACACCGAUGGACCGACCUUAUUUAUAAAAAAUAUGCAAUGUAAUGUUAUAUUUUAUUUACUUUAUUAUUCAAAUAUAUUAUAUUAGAAACAUUUAA